UAUCACUCUUCCAGGUAUAUUUGCUUACUAUCGGCCAUCGUUGCUUCAGAGGCAUCUUUCGAAAAGUGGCGCUUUUGCUUUCAAUUCAAAUAGAGGAAUCUGAGAGGGAGAGAGGAUGUUACUGAGGACUCCGCCACCAAAGAGGCAAAGGUCCGAGACCAGGGCUCCGGAGAGCCCGCCGGCGGCCGGGUCGGGCCGGCGUCUCGUCAUCUACGAGGAUCCUCCGUCGGCGGCACCGUCCCAGCCCGCCGAGUCUGAGCACUUGCUCUGCACCUACCAAUGCCGCCAGAUGGUUAAAUCGGACUUUUUCGAGGCCUUAAGCAGUGCAGAGAAGCAAGCUGUUGACUACCAGUCCAGAUUGGAGACAUUAAAUGAGAAUUUCAGCAAAGUUGAAGCUGAGAGGAAGAAAUUUCUAGAUCAAUUUUUAUAUGCAGAACAAGAACUUGCUGCUGCGAAAGGGCGUGAACAGGCGCUGCAAGAGCAGCUUUUGAAAGAGAUGAAUGAUUUUCAAGAACGGUUUAAAAAGCAAAUACAAUCACAAAGCGAACUUGAGGUAAAGCUCCAGAACGAAAUGAAUCUUCGUUUGAAAGCCGAGUCUUCAGCAGCUUCAGCCGAAGAGAAAGCAAGCGUCUUGGAGCGAAAACUAAGCCAUCUUUCUGAAAGCACAGAGAAGGAGAAAAAACGUCUCAAUAAUGAGAUUGAACUGCUGAAAAGAGAAUCAAAGCUUUCUGUUUCUAGAAUAAGGGUGGAUCUUGAAAGAAUGGAUUGUAGAGCUACUAAUGCCGAGAAAGAAUCAGAACUACUGAAAGGGCAGUUGGCAGAUAUUAAGAAGCAACUUAUGGAGUGCUUGCAUCAGAAGAGUGAAGUGGAGAAGAAAUUAUCAAGUGUCACGUUUCAAGAAGUUUCUUCUUCCGAUAGUAAUAUUUUGGUUAAACAUCUUCAAGAAGAGCUUAGAAACUAUGAGUCUGAAGUGAGAGAAGCAAGAAAGUUGAGAUCCUCUCAUGAAAAUAUUGAGUUAUUGAAGGAGAAAUUAUUGGAAGAGAAAGGCCGCAGAGAGAGGGCUGAGGCUGAUUUAUCUAAAUUACAAGAAUUCCAGAUGAGUAUGAAGAAGGUGGAGGAUGAAUUGUUGUCUUGGAAGUUAAUGAUUGAAGAAAUUCCCGGUGUGUCAUGUUUUGAGGAUAUACCUGUUAAAUUUGCAGCUCUACAAAAAGAGGUGAUUGAUAGCAUGAUGAAGGUGGGAGAUGCAACUGCUCGCUUAAAACAAUUGGAGGUGGCUCUUGAUGCUGCACAAAGUGGAAGACAAAAUGCUGAAACUGAGGUUGCAUUGGCCAAAGAGAAGGCAGAAGUAUCAAAAUCAGAGGUUAAGAGGAUUGAAUUGAUGCUUUCUAUGGUUACUGAAGAAAGAGAUGAAUUAAGAAAUCUUGUAAAUGAAUUCAAGAGGCCAAAGAAUGAUGAAGCAGGAAAUGAAACAGUCAGUGGGGCUGUUCUUCAGGAGCUUGAAUCGUCUAUUGCAAAGAAAGAUUUGUGUAUUAAAGAACUGGAAAGUAGUUUACAUGAACAGAAGGAAGUCAAUACUCAUCAAUAUGAAGAGAUAAGGUUGCUCAAUGAGAGGUUAAAUAACGAGGCAAGGAGACUAAAGUCAUUGGAGAGGGAGGGUGAUCGGCUUCGUUCAGAGAUUUCCCUACUGGAGUCAAAGUUGGGCCAUGGUGAUUAUUCUGCUGCAAGUACAAAAGUUUUGCGGAUGGUAAAUACCCUUGCAGUUGAUAAUGACGCAAAACAAACUAUAGAGGCAUUACAAACUGAGUUGCAGAAGACCAAGGAGAAGUUACAAGCUGUUGAAGAAUUGAAAAGUCAGACAGGUGAUGCUGGGAAACUUGUGGAUUCCUAUAUAUCUGGGAAGGUAACACAGUUAAAAGAACAAAUUGCGACGCUUGAAAAACGUGAAGAGAGAUACAAGACUGUUUUUGCGGAUAGAAUUUCAGUGUUCAGGAGGGCAUGUUGUGAACUUUUUGGUUACAAGAUUGUAAUGGAUGAACAUCAGCGUUCUAAUGGAAUCCCGGUGACGCGUUUUACUCUCCAGUCUAUUUAUGCGCAAAGUGAUGAUGAGAAGCUUGAAUUUGAAUAUGAAUCGGGGAAUACAAUUAUUUUGACAAAUGAUUACACCUCUCAAACUGAGAUAUCCCAUCAGGUCAACAUAUUUAUUCGGAAGAUGAAUUCGAUUCCCGCUUUCACUGCAAAUUUAACAGUGGAGUCUUUCAACAGGCGAACCUUAUCUUAAUAUGAAUGAACUCAUCGAGCCUACAUAUAUAUGUGAUAUCUAGAUUUCUCUUGCAUCUCCAGGCUUGCAUAUUUUGUAACCUAGCCAUUUCUUUGCCUAGAUCAUUCAUCUUAUUCUAGGAACUCACAGAACAAGUCCUACAUCUAUUUGUGAUUCAAAUGUCUUCUGUGGAGUAACUGAUCAGGAUUUUGCUUCAUUCGGCUAGCAUGUUUAUCAAGUAAUGUUAAUCUUC